AUGAAUUAUUGGGAUGUGGCAUGGCGUGGGUACAUGGAAGACAAGAACACGUCUCUCUUCUGCGAGACACAACCUUUCAUGUUAAACUCGAACGGGAUAUGGGAGAGAUUGACUUACAAGUCACGAGGGAUGAGCUUCUGGGAAUAUCCUCUCCCGAAUCUCGAAAUCUUGAUAUUUUCUACUUAUAUUUUGUGGAGGUUCUUCGAUUUCACAUGCAACAAAAUCGGUCUUCGAGUACCUAGACUCACCUAUAUGAUGAUCGCAGGGGUAAUUUUAGGUCAAACUUGUCAUGUAAGCAGCAACUCUUGGGUGCAUAAAAUAUAUUUCCCUGAUGAUAGACGACCAAAAGUUGCCGAGACAAUGGGCGCUUUCGGGUUCCUUUUGUAUUGGUUCCUAAAAGGUGUGACCAUGGACGCGGGAAAAGGGUUGAAGAUGGGGAAAAAAUCUAGUGUGAUCGGUAUCAUCACAAUGUUUGUACCCUUGAUUUGUGGAAACUUCUUCUUCAGAUGGAGAAGAGCAAGAGGGAACAUAAGCUUGUUAACGACAGAAUACAGAUUGAUCAUAUUCAUGUUUAGCAUAUCCGCGUUCACAAGCAUUGACACACUCGUAAAAGACCUCAAGAUCAAACACUCUGAGUUUGGGAGGAUUGCGCUUUCCGGGGCCAUGGUCACGGAUAUGUUUGCCUUUCUUGUAGUGUUUUUGAAUGCGGUGCACUGGGAAGGAUAUACCGGUAUUUAUCAAACGGUAUUUGCGGGCUUGUUUUUCGCCUUGAUGGUCUUCGCUGUGAGGCCGGCUAUGUAUUGGGUGAUCCAGCAGACUCCAGAAGGAAGGCCGGUCAAGGAUAUCUACGUCUACUUGAUUUUGGCCCUCGCUUUCUUCUCCUUCCAUAUUUUCGACAAGCUUAUUCUUUACGGACCCGCAGGAUCGUUUGUUCUUGGCCUGACUGUUCCCGACGGAUAUCCUUUAGGUACUACUUUGGUUCAGAAGUUUGAGAGCUUGAAUCUUGGAGCUAUCUUGCCACUUUUUGGAUCGUUAAGCAUGAUGCAAGUAGAUCUACUCUGGUUGCUCAAAGAGUGUGGAAACCUCGUACGGAUGGAGGGACAGUUUUAUGAGGUCAUUUCCUUUAUUCUUUUCGUGAACGCCACGAAAUUCGUCGCUUCCACCAUUGCCGCAUAUUCUUUCAAAAUGCCCUUAAGAGACUCCUUUGCUUUAGCCUUUGUUUUUAAUAAUAAAGGUAUCUUCGAGCUCGCCUACUUCGCCUAUGCGGUUGAAAUAAAGGAUAUAAGGCCAGAGGUUUUCACAAUCUUAGCUACAUUCAUCCUCUUGAACUCUAUCUUUAUACCAAUGGCCUUGGAGCUUAUCCAUGACCCAUCAAAAAGAUUCAAAUGCUACCGAAAAAGGAAUUUAGCAAUCUUGAAAGACGGCGCAGAGCUCCAGUCUCUUGUGUGCAUCUACAAACCUGAUCACAUAACUUCAAUGAUCAGCCUUUUGGAAGCUUUUGACGCAUCUAAAGAUUCACCAAUGGCGUGCAACGUACUCCACAUGAUCGAACUUUUAGGUCAAGCCAGUCCUAUGUUCAUUUCCCACCAGUUGCAACAGCCAGAGCCCGGAAGUAUUUCUUGUUCCGACAAUGUCAUAAACUCCUUCCGUCGCUUCCACAAACUAUUCUCUGAGUAUACAUCGUUGGAUAUUUUCACUUCCGUCUCCAUGUACAAGUCGAUGCAUGAGGACAUCUGUUGGCUCGCCCUAUCAAGAAACCAGUCUCUGAUUCUGCUUCCUUUCCACCGGACUUGGUCCGUUGACCGAUCAACGGUUGUCUCCAGCGAUGAUAAGCUGAGAAUGGUCAACCUCAACGUCCUGAAACUAGCCCCUUGCUCUGUUGGAAUCUUAAUCUAUCGCAAACCCAUCGUGACUGAUGACCACAGCAAGAUUUGUCUAAUUUUUAACGGUGGAAAAGACGAUAGAGAAGCUUUGGCGAUAGCAAAUCGAAUGAGACUGGAGAAACGGAUAAGACUAACUAUCAUAAGAUUCAUUCCACCAUCUCCUGAAACGGAGAGCCAAGCGUCGGAGAUUUUCAAAAUUGUUGACCUGAAGGAAACCGUGACUAGCAUUAUUGGGUCCAACGUCAAAGAAAAUGAAGACUAUGUGACAUACAUGGAUAAAGAGGUUUCUGAUGGAUCUGAGACCUCCAAGAUAUUACGAGCAAUGGCACAUGAUUUUGACAUGUUUAUUGUCGGACGAAGCAGCGGAAUAGGUACUGAGGCUACUAGCGGACUUAGUGAGUGGACAGAGUUCGAUGAGUUGGGACCCAUUGGAGAUUUAUUAGCAUCACAUGAAUUUCCUUCUAGAUCAUCAGUUUUGGUUGUGCAAAAACAAGAAUACAUUCAUCACACCAAAAGCCGAAAAAGAGUCUAA